CCGCCGCCGCCUCCACCAGCCUCUCCGAGCUCCUUAGUAUCCCGAAACAAACGGCGCGUGCGCACGGGACCACAGCGCACGUAGCGCGCUCGGGGCCAUGGCGGUCCACGUUUUAUGGUUGGUGGUUGCUGUGGCGCCGUUACUUGGAGUUAACAGUCAAGAAAAUGAAUACAGUGUCAACAAUGUUGACCCGAACCAAUGGAACUCGGAUCGGAGAUCAGAUUGGCUGACAGCGGCGGGGCGCAGUCCCCGGCCGGCGUACUCGGCGGGCCGCGGGCCGUCGCAGCAGCCGCCCACGCAGACCUACCCGUACUCGCAGUACCCGCCCGGGGCCGGCGAGUACUCCUCGCAGAGGUACCCGCAAGGGUAUCCGUAUCCGUCAGAAUCUAGAUCAGAGUAUGACUCGCGAGACGGCGCCCGCAGCGGGGCGGAGUACGACGCACAGGCUGGUGGUCGUGGAGGAGCCGAGUACGACGCACAGGCUAGCGAUCGGGACGGAUCUGAGUACAAUUCAGUAAGCGGCGGACAAGGCGGAUCUGAGUACGGUGCUCGGGGUGAUGCAGAUUACCCUCCGCAAGAUGGCGACGAUCUGGACGAGUCAGAGUACGAAUCACAGGGUGGUGCCCAGGGCGGGUCCGGGUACGCGUCUGAGGGCGGCGCCCGGGGUGGCGCAGGCUACGGCUCACAGUAUGGUUCCCAAGAUAACUCCGGAUACUCUUCACAGGGUGGCGGCCGGGGAAGUUACGGGUAUCCCUCACAGGGUGGUGCCCAAAACAAUUCUGAGUACUCCCCAGAUGGCAGUGCGGCGGCAUACCCAGAGUCCGCAUCGCAAGGUGGCUCCCAGGGAACUGCUGGCUACGGAUCACAAGGCGGAGCUCAAGGAGGCUCAGGAUACGGUGCGCAAGGUGGAGCGGGGAACAAUUCACAAGGCUUGCCCGGGCAAUACGACGCGCAGGGUAACGCUGGCUACUCUUCACAGGGAGGUUCAGGGUACCCACAGGGUAGUUCAGGAUACUCCUCGCAGGAUGAAUCUGGCUAUCCAAGGAGUGGUUCAGGAUAUCCUCAGGAUAAUUCUGUUUCCGGUUCCGAAAGCACUGGUUACUCUUCACAGGGUGGAUCUAGUUAUCCUUCCCAGGGAGGUACCAGCUAUUCAUCACAGAGUGGAUCUGGAUAUUCUUCUCAGGGCGGAUCGGGUUCCUCGCAAGGUGGUUCGGGAUACCCACAGGGAGGUUCAGGAUACCCACAGGGAGGUUCAGGAUACCCGCAGGGUGGUUCUGGAUACCCACAGUCCGGAUCGGGAUAUCCGCAGGGUGGUUCUGGAUAUCCUUCUCAAGGUGGAUCGGGUUCCUCGACGGGCGGUGCCGGAUAUUCUUCACAAGGUGGAUCAGACUCCUCCUCGCAGGCUGGUUCUGGAUACCCACAGGGUAGUUCGGGAUAUGGUCAGGGUGGAUCUGGAUAUGCUCAAGGUGGAUCGGGAUACCCACAGGGUGGAUCUGGAUACUCUUCUCAAGGAGGAUCAGGUGGAGCGGGAGGCGCUGGCGGCGCUGGAUACUCAUCCCAGGGCGGCCCUGGCUCCUCUGCACAAGGAGGAUCUGAGGGUCAAGCAUGGGGAGCGCAGAGGGGAGGAAACUAUGCUAUCUAUGAUCCGAUCACUAAACAACGCUCGCCAGUCGGGGAGAGAAACUGCACAGCCCCUGGAUGUUGUCAACCUAAAUGUUUCGCGGAGAAAGGUUAUCGCGGCUUCCCUGGUGUUGCUGGAGCGCCUGGACCGAGAGGUUUCCCUGGACAUGCCGGAGCUGAAGGGCCGCAAGGUCCUAAAGGUCAGAAGGGACAGAUGGGCCCACAGGGUCCCAGAGGUCCGAAGGGUGACAGAGGCAAGCCUGGUAACCCGGGUUUCGCUGGUUUGACUGGUCCGCCUGGUAUUCAGGGAGAGAUGGGUCCCAGAGGAUAUGCUGGACGAGAUGGAUGCAAUGGAACUGACGGAGAACCCGGUCUGCCCGGUCCUCAGGGUUUCCCGGGACCACGUGGUCUCCCGGGUAUUAAAGGAGAAAAGGGAUACAAGGGAGAAGCAGCGCACAUUGGUUACUACCCCAAGGGUCAAAAAGGAGAGCCAGGACUAAACGGUCGUCCGGGUCCACCCGGCCCCAUCGGACCUACUGGCGUGGCCGGUCAGCCCGGAGCUAGAGGAAACAGAGGUCCCAUGGGUCCUGCCGGAUUGAAAGGAGACAAGGGUCCUAAAGGUUCUAAAGGUCAAGGAUUGCUCGGUGACAAAGGAGACCGUGGAGAUAAAGGAGAGAAGGGUAUAAGUUGUGAAAGAACUCUUCCAGUCGUCGACGAACUCAGCCAUGCCAUUAAAGGUGUCCAGGGAGACAUGGGUGCUAGAGGUGACAAGGGUGAGCCUGGAAGGAUCGGAGACAAGGGUGACACGGGACUACAAGGUGAACCGGGACCAGCUGGUCUUAUGGGAAUCAAGGGAGAAAAGGGAUUGCGUGGUGAUGCUGGUAUGCAGGGUCGUGAUGGAAUGUACGGUAUGCCUGGUCCUAUGGGACAAAAGGGUGACCGAGGCAACGAUGGACUAGCUGGCCUUGACGGACGACCGGGUAGAAAAGGAGAGCCAGGCAGAGAUGGGCCUCCUGGACCGCUUGGACUGAAGGGUAUUCAAGGAGCUCCCGGAGGUAGAACUGGGACACAGGGACCCUCGGGACCCCCUGGACCUAGAGGUUACCCUGGACCACCCGGUGCUAAAGGAACUGAUGGUGAACCCGGGCUGGGUGGACCAGCUGGGCCGAGGGGACCCCCCGGAGGCCAAGGCGAGCCAGGAAACCCUGGUAUUGAAGGUCCUCCAGGACAGAAGGGUGACAAGGGAGAAGCAGGUCUUGAUGGUGAGAAAGGAAAUGCUGGUCCUCGUGGAUACGAUGGUGCUGCUGGCUCGCCUGGUCCCAGGGGACCUAAGGGUGACGAUGGAUACUCUAUACCGGGAGAACGUGGUUUUGGAGGACAACCAGGUACACCAGGAAGCAAAGGUCAAAAGGGAGAAAAGGGUUACCAAGGCUUAAGAGGAACUCCCGGAAACUCUACCCUCGGAACUCCGGGUAGCCCCGGUGAGAUGGGUGCCCCUGGAGAGAAGGGAGAACGAGGAAGGCCCGGAUUCGACGGCAUUCCCGGAAAUCCUGGACCUAAAGGAGACAUUGGUGGUCGCUGCAACGAGUGUUACCCGGGGACUCCCGGGGCUAAGGGAGACCGGGGCAUGGACGGCACGCCCGGGGAGCGCGGAGAGAGGGGACCACAGGGUGUGACGGGUUUGCCAGGUGAAAGAGGAGGUGACGGACUCAAUGGACAACCGGGAGCGCCUGGACCACCGGGAGACCGCGGAGACGACGGUCCCAGCGGCCCGCCCGGACAGCCCGGCCCGCCGGCCAUCGUGCCCGGCAACCUCGUUAAGGGACCCAAGGGACAGAAGGGAGACGGAGGCCCCAGGGGCUUCCGCGGACCCAAGGGAGAUCGUGGCAAUAACGGACCUAAAGGCAACCCUGGACAAAUCGGCAUGCCGGGGCAAAAGGGUGACCAAGGACCAAUGGGUCCACCCGGAGUAGACGGCAUCAUCGGCGUCGACGGUCUGCCCGGCCCCAGGGGAGAAAAGGGUACCUCGGUUAGAGGAGAGAAAGGUUUCACUGGAGAUCGUGGCGCCAAAGGAGACAAAGGACUUGCGGGCUGGCCCGGACUUAAGGGAGAGCCUGGACAGUGUCCCGCCAACUUGGCGGAACUGACUAAGGGAGACCGCGGUGAGCCCGGCGCGCCUGGGCCGCAGGGGCCUGCUGGAGAGCCGGGACUCAAAGGAGACCAGGGUGACGCUGGGCGUCCGGGGCAGAAGGGAGACGCCGGCCUGCAGGGCCGCCCCGGCCUCACGGGGCCGCGCGGUGUGCCGGGACAGCGUGGAGACAAGGGAGACAUGGGACCCGCAGGCUUCCCUGGAACACCAGGAAAUGUUGGACCGAUAGGAUUGCCUGGAUUAAAUGGACCGAAAGGUGACAAGGGUGAAAUCGGAGCUUCUAUGCCUGGUCCUCCGGGACCUCCUGGUUUGGAGGGUAGAAAGGGAGACCAAGGGCCACGCGGAGAAUCAGGAACUCCGGGAACUGACGGACCACCUGGUCCCGUUGGUCUACCGGGCGAGAAAGGUGAUCUAGGUUUCCAGGGAAGGCCAGGUCUGCUAGGGCCUCCAGGACUCAAGGGAGAGCCGGGACCAGUCGGGCCACCAGGAGUGCCGGGAACACCAGGAUACCCAGGAAGAGAUGGAGCUAAGGGUCAGCAAGGAUUCCAAGGAAUUCCCGGUAAACCAGGUAAUAUUGGUCUACCUGGACAAAAGGGAGACACUGGCGUUCCUGGGCCUGAAGGCCCGAAAGGAUUCUCGGGACGACGUGGAGCGCCUGGACCACAAGGUUUAGCGGGAGUCGAGGGCACCCCAGGAGAGAAAGGUGACAAAGGAGAUCUCGGAUUGCCAGGUGCCCCCGGUGGACCCGGUUUUGACGGUGCCCCAGGACCUAUGGGACCUCAGGGACUUAAAGGAGAUCAAGGAUUCGAAGGCGCUGCUGGCGUUCCUGGUCGACCAGGGUUCGAUGGCGAGAAGGGAGACCGAGGUGACCUAGGACCGAUCGGACCUAAAGGAGAACCAGGAUUAACGUCAGACAAGGGACAAAAGGGAGAACCUGGAAUUCCUGGACUGAGAGGACUCAACGGAAAGCCUGGACUGAACGGAGAACGUGGAGACAAGGGUGAUGGAGGUUUCCCUGGUAUCGGGCAGCCGGGACCGCAGGGUAGCAAGGGAGACGUUGGGUUGCCAGGUAUCGACGGCUACCCCGGCCAGCAGGGAGACAAGGGAGAUGUCGGCUUCACGGGGGCUAAGGGAGCGAAGGGUGACCGAGGACUCAAUGGACUGCCUGGACAACCUGGAGCACGAGGACUAGAUGGCACUCCUGGGGAGAAGGGAGAUAUUGGUCUUCCUGGAUACACUGGACCCAAGGGAGCCAAGGGAGACUUUGGACUGCCAGGGCGUGAUGGGUACGAUGGAGCCAAGGGAGAGAGAGGGCCGAUAGGUCCACCCGGCCCGGUAGGACCCGUCGGACUUCAAGGAUUCAAGGGAGACAGAGGAUUCCCUGGACUAGCGAUGGAUGUUAAAGGAGACAAGGGAGACGUGGGUCCCGCUGGCUUCACCGGCCCGAUGGGCCAGAAGGGUGACAGAGGGUUACAGGGACUGCAAGGACGUGAAGGUCAGAAAGGCGAUCGUGGUUUCCCCGGUGACAAGGGACAAAUGGGUCAGCCAGGAUUCACUGGAGAGAAGGGUGACCAAGGACCUGCUGGACCGGCUGGUCUAGGAGGAUUGACCAUCAAGGGAGAAAAGGGUCUGCCUGGCAUUCCCGGCAAACAUGGCCGCCCGGGCAACCCUGGAGCACCAGGAGAAAAGGGAGACUUAGGAUUAACAGGUUUGCCAGGAACUAUCGGACGACCCGGUCUACCAGGCCUGCCCGGACCACAGGGAGAGAAGGGAGACCAGGGCCGGGAGGGAAUCGCCGGACCGCCCGGAUACGACGGCAGACCCGGCACACCCGGACCACCCGGCCGACCAGGACCAGCGGGAGAGAAGGGAGACAGGGGACCUACCGGAUACGGCUUACCGGGUGAAAAGGGAGACCAGGGACCACCUGGCCCGACCGGGCUGCCGGGACUCAGGGGGGAGAAGGGAGACCGAGGACUCGACGGCAUCGACGGAGCAGCAGGAUACCAAGGACAACAAGGUGAAAAGGGUGACAGAGGAUUCCAGGGCAGAAUAGGACUUACCGGAACACUCGGAAUGAAGGGUGACAAGGGAGAGCCGGCGACUGUCGUGUACGGACCCAAAGGCGAACCCGGCCCGCGCGGGCCUCCGGGCCGACCGGGCCUGCCGGGCAAGGACGGACAGCCGGGCAACCCCGGUAUCGACGGACUCCCGGGACAGAAGGGUGACAUGGGCAGGCCGGGGCCGAUGGGACCGCCGGGAGCGCCGGGCCCCAUGGGGCUGCAGGGGCUGCAGGGAGACCGCGGGCUCACGGGCGUCGCGGGCGUGGCCGGGCCGCCGGGCGCGCCGGGCGCCCCCUGCGCCACCACUGACUACCUCACGGGCAUGCUGCUGGUGCGCCACAGCCAGACCGACACCGUGCCCGAGUGCAAGGCGGGACACACCAAGCUGUGGGACGGCUACUCGCUGCUCUACAUCGACGGCAACGAGAAGGCGCACAACCAGGACCUGGGCUACGCCGGCUCCUGCAUCAGGAAGUUCAGCACCAUGCCCUUCCUGUUCUGUGAUCUCAACGAAGUCUGCAACUACGCGAGCCGCAACGACCGGAGCUAUUGGCUGUCGACCAACUCCGAGAUCCCGAUGAUGCCCGUCGAAGGGUUCGAGAUCAUGCGCUACAUAUCGAGAUGUGUGGUCUGCGAGGUGCCGGCCAACGUGAUCGCAGUGCACAGCCAGACCCUGGACGUGCCGAGCUGCCCGGUGGGCUGGACCGACUUGUGGCUAGGAUACAGUUUUGUCAUGCACACUGGCGCGGGCGGGCAGGGCGGCGGGCAGGCGCUGGAGAGCCCCGGCUCGUGUCUGGAGGACUUCCGCUCGUCGCCGUUCAUCGAGUGCAACGGCGAGGGCGGCACGUGCCACCACUUCGCCAACAAGCUCAGCUUCUGGCUCACCACCAUCGAGGACUCCAAGCAGUUCUCCAGCCCGCAGCGGCAGACGCUGAAGGCGGGCCGCCAGCUCGAGCGCGUCAGUCGCUGCGCCGUCUGCAUCAAGAACACCUAGCCGCGCCGCAACACUGGAUACGGCUGGAAUGUUAUACCUCGAAGGCAGACAAAGAUUUAGAUUAUUGUGACUAACAUAGUAGUAUCCAAACAUUAAUAGUGAGCCUAAAUCAACACCAAAGCAAUAAGUACAUAAGUUUUUCUAAAUGUAAGUAGGUAAUUAGUUUAUCGUUAUUAAAUAUGUUUAGGUUUUACUAUAGUACCUAUUUAUAUAAAAAACUGAAAGGCUAAUGCGCAAUGGAAUAGACUUGACCCUAAGAAGUGUGUGUAGGUCAAAAUAUGUAGGUUAUCUUAUUAUUUGAAGCGUAUUUUUAAAACUUCCAAAUAUUGCAGCAGUUGUCAGCGUUAGUUUUACUUCUUUAAACUAGUCACUAAACAAUCUGCAAUUUUCUAAACCGGAACUUUAUUUACAUUACUAUCUUAUAAUUAUUAAUUUUAUUUGAGCUUGUGAUAAUUAUAAUUUAGAUUACGGAUCUGUAUAUAUUUACUUAAUAUAUUUUUAUAUACCGAUUUUCUCGCAGGAAUAAAAUGUUACUUAAUGAAUUAGGUAUUUUACACAUCAUGUAAUCGUGCGAGCACUGCCAUGCCAUUGUAGAUAGUUUGAUUGCAGUUAAUUAGAACCCUUGUAACUAUAUAUUUUAAGUGUCUUUUUAAUAAACAUACAUACUU